AUGAGGUUUGCUGCUCGGCUCUCGCAGAUGGACUCUGACAGCAAAACCAAGAUGACCUGCCAUGACACCGAAAAAACAGCACCGGGUCCAGGUUGCAGCCGGUUGGUGGCAGUGGCUGCUGCGGCGGCGUCCUUGAGCGGGCUUAUGCUAGGCUACGAGAUGGGCCUGACGUCUAGCGUGCUCCUUCAACUACGCGGCGUUCUGACGCUUUCGUGCCGCCAACAGGAGCUGCUGGUCAGCUCUCCGUUGGUGGGCGCUCUGCUCAUCUGCCUAGCCGGCGGUCCUGUCCUGGACCGCUACGGGCGCCGGCGCUCCCUGCUACUAAGCGCCGCCCUAGUGGUGGCGGGCACCAUCCCGCUAGUGGCGCCUGCUUCGCUAGCGGCACUAGUGUCGGGCCGCAUCGUGGUCGGAAUGGGCACGUCACUUUCUGGCACGGCGGCGUGCCUGUACAUCGCGGAGAUCUCGCCGCGGGAGAGGCGGGGCUUGCUAGUGACGCUCUAUGAGCUGAUGCUAGUGUUGGGUGUGAUGUUGGGGUUCGGGUGUAGCUACGCUUUCGCCACGCUCCCCGAAGGCUGGGCGUACACAUUCGGACUGGUGAUCCCGCCGGCGCUGCUUCAAAUCGGCGCGAUGGCCUUCCUCCCGUCCAGUCCGAGGUUUCUAGUAGCGCGGGGCGAGUCGGAACGCGCCAGAGAGGUUCUGGCGCGCCUGAGGGUUUGCGCCGGGGAUGACGUGGAAGGAGAACUGCGGGAAAUUCAGAUGGCGUUGAAGGAGGAGUCGGAACACGGAUUCGCAGAGCUCUUUAGCAAAGCGUCAAAUCUAAGAUCACGACUCCUGACUGGCGUGGCGCUAGCGUUUCUCCAGCAAGCCACGGGGCAGCCCAACAUCUUGUCGUACGCGUCGCCCCUGCUACGCGGCGUAGGCUUCCACAGCGACGCCGCUGCCGCCCUGGCGUCCACCGGCUUCGGCGUGGUCAAAGUGGUGGGCACCAUCCCGGCCGUGCUUUUGGUGGACCGCGUGGGGCCCAAGAGCUUCCUGUGCGCCGGCGCGGUCGCCAUGAUGAUGUCCCUAGCGGCACUGGGUGCGCUGACGCUGCAGAGUCACACCGAACUUUCCAGCCUGUGCGUCAGCCAGCCGCCACCCAACGACACCGUCUUCGCGUGGGAUCGGAACUGGACUGACACCCCGACGCUCGUCACCCCCGUAUGGGUUACGGACAAUCAAGAGUCGGUGUUGAGCGGGGUCUUGGACGGAGGAUCUUCCUCGCUGAAGUGGGCGUCGCUCAUCAGUUUACUGGUGUUUGUCGCCGCCUUCUCCAUCGGAUUGGGGCCAAUGGUGUACGUGGUCCUCAGCGAGAUCUUCCCCACAAGCAUCCGAGGGCGAGCAGUGUCAGUGGUGUCGGCUGUCAACUGGGCUACCAACCUGCUCAUCUCAAUGACCUUCCUCACCAUGACAGAGAGAAUUGGCGUCCCCAACAUGAUGUUCCUGUACGCCGCCAUGAGCUUCAUCCUGCUGGUUUUCGUCAUCCUCUGCGUGCCUGACACGCGAGGACGCACGCUGGAGGAAAUCUCUAAAGAACUAGCUAAAAAGAAGCACUUUCAAUUCAGCUUGUGCAAGAAAGUCCCGAAAAACAAAGAGAUGCCUUCAAACAUCUUGUGA